AUGAAUUUCACAGUUAACCAACCAUUGAUAUUAACGAAUAGCUGCUCAUUAAAGGAGCGUGUUUAUACACCGGGUUAUCUAUUUUUCAAAUUACUGACCGCAACAUAUUUACGUUUCCUUGUUGGACCAGGUGUAAUACUCAAUAUACUUUGUCUUUUCAUUCUAAGCCGACGGAGAUUAUCAAAUAAGUCAACUACAAUUCUGUUUUUACGUUUUCUUGCAGUAUUUGAUAUAUUGGCAAUUGUACUUAAAUUUGUUCGAGCAGAAAUGAAUUAUCAAUCGAGCGAAAGAGGUCAUACGAUAUUUUUAUUAACUCCAAUAAUAUGUAAAGCAAUAUACGUAUUAAUGAAUGCAUCGAUUUCAAUUUCAAUGUGGACGAUUGUUUUAAUGAGCUUAGAUAAAGCUGUUGCUGUGAGUUAUCCACUGAAAGCGAGUAUAUGGCUAACACAUAAACGAGCUUUGUAUGCUUGUUGGAUUACUAUUAUUGUAUUAGUGUUAGCUAAUUUAUCGUUCAUUAAUGUAUCGAAAAUAAGUCUCUCAAGAUCAACUCAACGUAAAUUAUGUGGCUUAGAAGACCAAGCAUUUGCUAUUGACUUACUCACUGCUUCAAUUUUGCCGAUGAGCUUAAUCGUAGCUGCUAAUGUUGUCAUUGCCGCUGUAUUGCAUCGUACGUCGUAUGAAUGGCGAACGUCGGAAGAGUUGAAUAAACGAACUCCUGAUCCAAGUGUUUUGAAUCAUCAAAUAUCAGCAGCUUCACUCCGUCAACGUUGUUCCGGUGGUUCAACAUUAACAACAAUAGAUAUAAUACUAGCCAAUAAACGACGUGCACAUGCACAAGUUACUCGCAUGCUUCUAGCUGUAACAUUAUCAUUAAUAGCAUGCAAUAUUCCAAAUACAUUAUUUUCUAUUAUGGUUAAAAUUUAUGAUACAAGAAAAAUAUUAUAUGGACGAACUUGUAUCGAUGUUAGCGAUCGUGACAUAGCAUUAUAUAACUUUGGAUUUUAUUCGAACCUUUUACAAGAUAUACUAUCUGAUUUACCGCAUAUAUUUAAUUUUUUCCUAUAUUGUUUAGCUGGGAAAAAAUUUCGAAAUAUAUUUCUGACUGAAAUGAGAGAAAUUUUGAUCGGUUUACAUUGUCUAAAGCCUCAAAAUCGACGUUUUGCACGUGCUACCUGUGUUCUACAUACGAAGUCAACGCCAAAAUUAGAGUCUAAUUCAAGUAAAGCACAUGUAUCACUGAACAUAAUUCCAUCGAAGGGACGAAAAAGUGUGGAAAUUUUAAUGAAUGAUAACGGCAAAACUCGUAGCGCAUUAUGUCAAGAAAAAGACAGCCAUUAUGUAUCGAACGACAAUCGAAAAUAUUCGAGGUCUAAUGGGGUUGAACAAUAA